AUGCGCGGACGGUGCCGUUUGCUUAAGACAGACGCGGUCGGGUCGCCAGAGACAGACCGCCCGCGCCCGACCACAUCUCGCUCGCUCUUUCGGCUCUCACGCUCGCUCUCUCUGCUCCCACACUCGCACGCUCCCCUCCCAUUUGCUCCUCUCCUCUCCGGUCGCCGCCGGCCGCCGUCCGUCACGGUGUCCUGGAGCGACAGUGAGAGCACUUACGGCUCCGGCGCGCAGUACAUCUCCUCCGACGCCUCCCCUCUCAAGAUCCCAGCUACAAUUGAUGAGCCGUCGUUCGAGGGUCUUGCUGACGACUUGAAUGUGAUUUGUGAGCAUGGGAAUCCAGGGAGGAACAUUCCAAUUCUUGUUCUAGGGUUUGUAGUUACUGUUCAUGUUCUAGGGUUCAUAGUUACUGCUCAUGUUCCAGGGUUCAUAGUUACUGAAUUUAGUUCUAGGGGUGUUGGAAAUUGUGGAUUAGUGCAGUGGGUAGAUGAGCAUUGGCCAGAGCAUCUGCAGAAUGCUAUUCAUAAGCUGUGGCUUAUGUAUGAGCAUAGCCAGCAUGAUAACAAGAUGGCAUGCCUGGAGCAUUCAAGCACUGUACACAAUCUCGCACAGCAGAAAAAAGAGUUGCAGGAGACAUAUGAGAAGCUUGUUGAAGAUGUGAACAACCUCUUGGAUUAUAAGGAUAGCCAGCCUGAGGUAAACCAGAAGAAUGAUGCUGAGAACAUUUCAGUUAGUGUGGAAAGCAGCAUGACAAAGGAUGCUGAGAUCAAAAAAUUAAAGGCUGUUGUUGACCAGUUAAAGCAAAUUCAUGUAGCUCAAGCCACUGUCAUUAGGAAUUUGAAGUUCAACCAUCUUAAAGAGAAGGAAAAGUUGACCUCUGAUAAGAGGACUUUGGAGAUUUGCUAUGCUGACCUGAAGAAAGAGAAGGAUGACCUGAAGAAAGAGAAGGAUAAGCUGGAUUGUUGCAUUGCUGAGCUGAUGAAAGUGAAGGAGAAGUUGACCAUGGAGAAGAGUACUCUUGCUUCCUGCAUUGUUGAGCUCAAGACAGCAGGUGAUAGCAACAAGAGGAAGCUUCACCAGAUUAAGGCUAUUCAUGAUGAGGACUAA